AUGAAAGUAUCAACUAUACUUCCGUGGGUUACACUCUUUCUCGCUUCGAUUAGUGAAGCAAGGGCAUCUCCGAAUCCAGGGAAUGCCGAAGUGGACGGUUUUGGAGGUAAUUUCGGAGGAGGCGGUCGCUGGACAGUUAAAAAACGUGAAGAGGAUGGAGACCUUGAAGUAGACGGCUUUGGGGGAAACUUUGGAGGAGGUGGCCGCUGGACGGUGAAAAAACGUGAGGAAGAUGGGGACCUUGAAGUAGAUGGUUUCGGCGGUAAUUUCGGAGGAGGUGGUCGCUGGACAGUGAAAAAACGCGAGGAGGAUGGAGACCUUGAAGUAGAUGGUUUCGGAGGAGGUGGCCGCUGGACAGUCGUAAGGUCUCCCACGUGGAUGAAUCUAUAG